AAAGUCUGCUCUAACCCUAGUGAGCUCCGAAAUCCAACUCAUCUAAACUUCUUUAUUUAAUAUUAAAAAAGUCAAUGAUGUGGUUUUUGAUCAACAAACGGGGUUUGUCCAAAUCCUUGUGGACAUAUUUGGCUGACUUAGGGGUCAUGAAAAUUAAAUGUGGAUGUAAUUUUUCUCCCUAAGAGAGGCGGCAACCAUAUAAUUAGAGGAUUGAUGCAUUUUUUUUUACCAUAUUAUGUAACCAAAUGAAGUUGUAGUGAGGUGUAGAGCAGAGAGUAGCUCUGCUUCAAGUGUAAGCUAUGAGCUUCUUGUAACAAUGUAUACAUCUUUGUGUGAGAUAUUUUGGAUGUAUUUGAGCUUGAAUUUGGCUAUAAACUGAACAACUGGGGUGGAGUGGUCAUGGACACUAUAAUAACUACUAGCAAUGGCACUGGAGAACCAAGAAAGCCAGGGGGAAAAUACAAAGCAAUGGCGGUCUGUUUUUUUCUCGGACUAGGUUCCCUUGUUGCAUGGAACAGCAUGUUGACCAUAGGAGAUUACUAUUACAAUUUGUUCCCGAAAUAUCAUCCUUCAAGGGUACUUACAUUGGUUUAUCAACCAGUUGCAAUUGGAACAAUAGUAAUACUCACAUACUAUGAGUCAAAGAUCAAUACUAGACUGCGAAAUUUGGCUGGAUUCACACUUUUCUUUGCUGCCACUUUCUUGGUUCUUAUUUUGGAUUUAGCAACAUCAGGGCGAGGUGGAAUUGGACCUUACAUUGGUAUAUGCGUGCUAGUUGCUUGUUUUGGAAUUGCCGAUGCACACAUUGAAGGUGGCAUGGUUGGUGAUUUGUAUUUUAUGUGCCCGGAGUUUGUGCAGUCUUACCUUGCUGGUUUGUCAGCAUCAGGUGCUUUAAUUUCAUUACUCAGAAUGCUGACCAAGUUUGCUUUCGAAAAAUCUCACAAUGGACUUCGCAAGGGAGCACUACUAUUCUUUGCGAUCUCUGCAUUCAUCGAGUUUCUUUGUAUUUUUCUAUAUGCAAUCUACUUCACCAAAUUGCCCAUAGUGAAAUACUACCGUUCGAAAGCAGCCUCAGAGGGAUCGAAAACUGUUGCAGCUGACCUAGCUGCUGCUGGCAUCCAAACAAAGACUAUUAAUGAUCAAGCCGAAUAUGAUAACAAACAAAUGGAGCGGCUAAGCACCAAACAAUUGUUUCUUGAUAACAUCGAUUAUGCAGCUGAUUUAGUUCUGAUAUACGUAGUAACACUAUCGAUCUUCCCUGGAUUUUUGUAUGAAAAUACCGGAACACAUCAAUUAGGCACAUGGUAUCCAAUUGUUUUGAUUGCUAUGUAUAAUGUGGUGGAUUUCAUAGCAAGAUAUAUUCCACUUGUUCCAUGGUUGAAGUUGGAAUCAAGGAAGGGUCUAAUGAUAGCAACUCUUUCUAGAUUCUUGUUGGUUCCAGCAUUCUACUUUACUGCAAAAUAUGGUGACCAAGGAUGGAUGAUCUUUCUCACCUCAUUCUUGGGACUCACCAAUGGAUACCUCACUGUGUGUGUUAUGACAGUGGCACCAAGAGGUUACAAGGGUCCUGAGCAGAAUGCUUUGGGAAAUGUUCUUGUCCUUUGUCUUUUGACGGGUAUAUUUACUGGGGCUGUUCUUGACUGGUUGUGGAUCAUAGGCAAAGAUUCAUUCUAAACAUACACCAAUAUCCAUUCUAAAUUGUUCGAUCAUACAGGUCAGAGAAGAGAAACUGAAAUGUUUAAAACUGGUUCAAUUAGUGACCUUUGCGAUUGAACAAUUUUAAACAUUUGUUCCCUACACUUUUACUUGUAUGAAUGAUUACAAUCUCUAGAAUUAAUUAGUACAAACUUUUCCUGUAAAGAUUUUUUAUGGUAUUAAACAAGGCUAGUUCUAAUGUGUACAAACCAUGUAGAUUGUGCAAGGUAAGCAACUAUUUUCGUCCAUAUGAUUGAACAGUUUCAUAGAUCAAAAGGUGAUUCGUCUACACAAAAUCUGAGCUCAAAUACUUUGUAAUUGUAGAAUUCAUUCAUUGCUAAAAGACUUAAAAUGGGGAUUCGGUAUCUUGAGGGAUUCUUGUGUGAAA